AACGGCACGAUCGUCGAAAUCUUCCUUCUUCGAAAAAACUGUGAACGUGUUCGAUUACUCGGAAAUCAUCGAGAGCCCUCGUUUCAAUUCUUCUCAAAGAGGGAGAGAAAGAGAGAGAGUUGCAACGGCAUUGCUUUCGAGUUCGUUAACUUUGAGAGAGACAAUCUCUCUCGAGAUUUUAAAGUCGUGGUUUCUUCCCUUCCGCGGUGAAGGAGGGAGGAUAUCGCGUUCAAUAAUAAUAAUAAUAAUUGGCCAUCUCGUGGCCCAGCCAUUUGCUCCGCGCAAAUCGCAAAGAGCACCAACUUUCCCUCGGAUUAAAGUUUCCUUCGGAUUUAUCAUUUCUGCGGAGAUAAGCCGGAUCUUUUAAUAUUCUCGGUGUCAGUGGUCUCGUGGCUCGUUUAACGGGCGAAAGUUUUCAUCCGCUUGCCUUCUUCUUCUCGCCGUCGAUAUCUCGUCAUCGCGAGAGAACGAUGUUUCUUUUCGCGAAGAUCGAUAAUAAGAGGCAAAGACAGAGAGAAAAAGAGAUAAUAGGAAGAGAAGAACGAAUAAUACAAUUUCUGCAAAACGGUUUCUCCAAUUUAUUGCGAUCAACGAAGAAACGAAGUACAAUCCGUCGUUAAAUUAAUUCUUCCAUCGUAGCAACGAUAAUAGUAAUACAAGGAACGCGAGAAACUAGAAUUUUCGUGAAAAGUUUCCUCUCUUCGAAGAAGAGAUUGAUCAUUGGAACGGGGUAUUCUCGUGGAAUCAUCCCCCCUGGAACGACUUACGUAAUUCAUCGUAUCGGAACAACACGCGAGAAGAGUUCGCGGUUUUGUCUUCAACCGAGGUGAACCGACGCGAUGAAAUAUCGACGGUCUGCUCUUGACUUUGUUUCGAGGCUGACACGACGAUCUAUCUUCCGAUUGGAUGCGAUACAACGAUACCCACGAUGCCAACGACGAUCCAAACCGCGUAUAGUUUGCGGUCUCGCGAACCAACGCAUCGCAGGCGAACCAAUGACAGAAUCAUAAUUAAACGUUGAAUUAUUAUCGGUGGUCCGUUGUCCGUCCUCCUGAAAAUUUCUCGACGUUAAAUCGACGAUUGAAGGGACAAAAUCGAAUUUUCCUCUCCGCCCGUAGAAUCCAAUCGUCCCAUUGCGAUGUCUCCGUUCCGUUUUUCUUCCCUCGAUCGAAUGUUGUUUCGAACGUGUAUUUCGGGCAGAAUAAUUUUGAAACGUUGUCGACUUGAUCCGAGACGAGAUGAUUUCGCUUCACAGGGAUUCUGAUUCUCCUCCCUAUUAUUUCGAACGAUAGCGUAAUUUUUUAUUAAAACCGUACACGGUUUUGUGAAACGUAGGAGGAGGAGGAGGAGGAGGUUUCACGCAUAGUUGUCCGGUAUUUUCUGACUCAUAACUCCAUACAAGCACUCCUUAACUAAAAAUAAAAGCGUUAGAUGAUGAACGGAGGAGAUGCAAUGUUGGCGUGUUCCCCUUUAAUUUUAGCUCGACGUAACUUUCUCCGAGAUUGACAAUGUUGCGUACAACUCUUCCUCCUCCACCGUAAACAGCGUUUAAAUCUUCGAUCGCUCGGUUUCUCGGUUUUUUGCCGAUACUUUGCGAAAGUUUUCAACGAAUUUGGAAGGAAAUAUAGAAUAGAAUUGAUCUUGAACGUUCGUUUCAGAAAUCAUUGACGCCUUCGACGUCAAGUUUCGAUGGAUUUCGAUGGGUUUUUUAAAAUUGAGAGGAGGAUCGAAGGGAGGAGAUUUUUCGAGGGUGUCAAGUUUCGUUUUUCUUCGUUAAUUAAACGAUUAAUAAUCCGCCGUUUAAUCAUUCGGAAGGAAAGUUCCGUGGAGAUAAUUUCAUGGCCACUUAGUGGGAUUACAGUUGCAAUUUCAAGAUGAGGUUUCGUUACCACCACUCGGCUCAUUAGUUGUCCCACACGUGUCCCACGAUAAAUAGCGCGACGUGAUUCAUCACGUUCUCUCCGGCUGUUGCCGAAAAUUUCGAAAUAAUCUCCGCAGAUCCUUCCUUCCAGUCCGUUUCCAAAAAAAAAAAGAAAAAAAGAGAGAGCAAACAAGUUUCAUCCAUCACAAUUGUUCGUUCUCGAGAGAAAUUAAACAUCUUUGCGUUUAGUCUACGAAAAAACGGGAGAAUAUAUUUUCUUUCUUUCUCUCUUUCUCUUUAUCUUUCACUAUCGAUUCUUCUUCGUUUAUCGAAUCGUCGUUCGAAACGGAUAUAAAUCAAACGAAAUUCCGCGUUAGAAAUUUACCCGGCCUCGGAUAUAAUUUAUACGUUACACGCGGCUUGGUCGGCGUAUAAAAAUUCGUGGCGUGACAUUCAAUUUAUCAUCGACAAGGGAGCUCAUUCAGACGCGGGAUCCAAUGCGUUCCGUAAUUUCCGCGCGUGAUACUCGCCACCAACACAAACUCUUUCUCCAUUCCUCCAAAGGUUUAACCUUUCCCCCCCCUUUUUUUUUUCUUUCUUUCUUCUCUUUUAAAUUUAAUCCUAUAAUUCACUCGAUAUCGAAUAAUUUAUGGAGAUAAAUUGAACCGUAUCUUUCUAAAAACUAUUUAUAAAUGAAUCUUUAAUUAAAUAUACGAAUUUUUCGUAAUUCGGGGGGAAAAGAGAAAAAGGAAAAUUUAUAUGAAAAACGAAGGGGGAAGGAUUCGUAUUCGUUGGGUGGUCGAUUUGUCGAAAGCGAAGCGCGGCUAAUUUCGCGUCCUCGUUCCGCCAUAUCGAUCCUCCUCCUCCUCCAUCUUUUCCUUCUAAGACCGAACCGAUAAAUCACCGAUCCGCUUUUGCCCGCCAAUUCUCGCUCGUGAAUCUUAUUCAUUUAUUAUCGACGUUGCGAAAUGAACUCUCUUUCUCGUUUAAUCGAUGAAUCCUUCCGAUCUUUGUUAAAAAGGUUCACAGACUCGAGGAUUUUUCUGCCGAUUCCGAGGGUACCGAUCGUCGACCCCCCUUAUUCUCGAAGAAAGGCGGAGGAGGGACGGGGAUGGCCGCUAUGAAAUUAGAAAUUUCAGAAGGGGGAGAGAGCGUGGUUUAUGCUCGGCUUCCAAAAUGUAUUUUAAGCGAGCCAGGUACACGUUCUGUUCCACGAUGAUUCAUGGUGGUGAUUUUUGGUACGAUUCUAUUACGAAGCUUGUAAACCUGGAGACUUUAUUCGUUACUUUGUUAAUUAAAAUCUGGCCGUGACGUCGCCUGAUUACGCCCCGUUUUAUUAAUAAACUGGAGGCGAGGCUUUAGCUAGAGGAAUUCCAAGUAAAUCCAUUGGAACUCGGAAUUUCUACUUCUUAUACCCCCCCUUCCCUCCUCCCUCCUCUUCAACAGUGUUAAGAGAUUGUCCCGCGAGCUAACUUCGCCGAUCCAUUUCCAUUCCCGAUGGAUUUUUUCCACUCGUUCUUUUUGACGAGGGAAAUAUCCGUCCCAAAAUAAGAAACCCGUCGGAUGAUUUAUUUAUCGCGAGAGUAAUCGAUCCAUUUGCAUCGUGAAACGAUGAGAUUGCACGUUCGUUACAACAUUCGGUUAACUUUUCGAUUUUUCCUUUGUCGCGUUCCGAUUGUUCCUCAUUUCUGGGAGGAUUGCGCGGGAAUGAGGGAGGUGGCACGCGUUCCGUCUGUGACGGAAAAGAAAAUUCUUUGGAAAAUUGCGUUUUUUCGCGCGGGGAAAAAAGAACCAGGCGAGCGAUAGUUGGAAUUUUCUUGAUUGAAAAGAAAAAAAGAAAUAGAAGAAGAAGAAAAAAGGGAAUAAAAGGGCAGGUUGGAAUGUUGGACGCUUUUUCUCGUGGUCGAAAGCGCCAGUUUCGGUUUCGACGUUUCAAUUUCUCUCUCGCUGCGUGUUUUGGGAAUUGAGAAAGUUGGGCGAAAUAUUAUAUCGCGAAUUAAUUUCCCGGAAGUAUCGAGAGAAGGGAGGGAAAGUUAAUUUUAUUCGAGCUCGUCCUCGCGAGAAUCCGCCCUCUUCUUUCCAAAGUAUGCAACUUUCGUUGAAAGAAUAACAAUUUUUAACUCGAUCCAGGAACAGGAGACAAGCGGUGCAGUUCUUUCCGCGUCGAAGAUUCGAGUUAAGUUAAUCAUUGAUAUAAAAUACUCGUUAAAAAGAUGAAUUAAAUCCUUCCUUCGAAUUUUAAUCUCGUUUCCUUUUCUCCAGGAAAUUUUCAUAUUUCCCGCGUUAGAAGAUCGGCGGGAAGCAUCCCAAUUGUCACGGCCCUGGCUUCUAUUUUUGCUAUCGUCCGCGCGAUAUUUAUAACAACGGACUUAUUUCACCGUCGACACGACUUCUGUCUGUCGUGGACCGAGCUCGCUCGGUUUCACGCCGUUUCAAACGUGCCGCCUCCAACGAUUUCUCCCGCCGUCGCGAAAAAGCGAACGUCCCCUCUCCAUUCUCCGUUUUCGUGCAAUUGGAAUAUUGGAAAGACGCGUGUAGAAGAGAGAGAGACGGACGGAGAAGGAAAAAUCACGCCGACUUGGAGGAUCGGAUCAAAUCCGGGUUAAUUAAUCGCGAUAGGCGUCCGAUUUCAAAGGCGACAGAUUAAAUUCGUUAUCGCCGAAUCAUCUCCGUCCCAUUGUUCCCUUAAUUAACCCGCUUCAUACUUACGUGCUGACGGCGAGGGCUUGCGUGUAAUUAACAGCGCGCAUCCUAUUUUCCCCCGCAUUUCGUAUUUUUCCCUUUGAUCACGAUGCCGCAUCACGUCGCAUUAACUCUUUCUGUCUCUUCUUCUUCUUUUUCCUUAAGCGGCGUGCAAAAAGCGUGCUCAGAUUUACCGUAUCUCAUCCGGAUGGAUUAAUACAGGAAAGCCGAGAUGACGCGUAACGGUAGUCGAGCGUGAAUUAACAAUUAUCGAUGAAUUUUUAUCCGUGCACGAUUUCGUUUGGCGGAGGAUCGAUUCGUGUUUUAUCCGUGAAAUAUCGUUUAUCGUUUUUCAAUCGAGAGAUUCGUUAAUACGCACGUCUCGAAAGAAGAUUGGUGGGAUAUUGGAAUAUUGUAUUGUGGAGGAGGAUCCAUUAAUCGAGACAAAUUUUCCGGGUCCGAAGAUGGGUCGAAUCGAAGACCAAGUUGUUACCAAGGCUAUCAACAAUUUUACGAUCCAUCUCGCGGCCGCCAAAUGUUACUUCGAACAAGCCGUGGAAACGCGUCGUUGAGAAGAUUAAUUUGGUCGGGACACCGUGGAAUAAUUUCCAACUAUCUCGCGUUGUUUCCCACUACGCGUCACGUGAGCGACGCUCAUUGUUCCUUCUUCACCACCGCAACGAACCCGAUGAAAAUUCAUUAACUCGAAUAUUUGCGAAUAGGUGUCCGCUUAAUCAGCAUGUUCUUCGCUUCAUUAAUUUUCCAACGUUGAAUAGCCCCGCGACGACAACAACAUCGUGUAACCACGGGAUAAAUCUUUUCAUCCAGGUCUUCCGGACAGACUUCUUUUCUCGUCGAUCGUUCGAAUGAAUUACUAAUUGUCGCGAUGAAAAUGAGGAGAAGGAAUUGACCCCGGAAGAAGCGGAGUUCAUCCAAAAAAUCAAGUCGAAGAUAAAUGUGGUACGAUCCAUGGAACGCCUGUACGCCGUGCCGUCGGAACAGCUGCGUGUUUGGUUGAUCUGGCUGUCGAAAGUGGGAGACAUGGCUGACGAAUGGCACAAAUGGUUACGCUCUCACAUCGACUUCGUUCUAAGAUUGUCGAUAGAGCUGCGUGCGGCCGAGGAGGUUUUAACAUUGGAGCAAGAAAAAGAAGAGGAAAUAGAGAAAAAGGAAAUCGAAGUGGAAACCAAAGUGGAAACUAAAGAGAUCGAGACGGACACGAAAGAGGAGACAAAGAAGGAGGAGGUGAAGGAAGACACGAAGGAGGAGACGGAGGAGACGGAGGAGACGAAGGAGGAGACGAAGGAGGAGACGAAGGAGGAGACGAAGGAGGAGACGGAGGAGACGAAGGAGGAGACGGAGGAGGACGAGGAGAAAAAGAACGCAAACAACUCAGGACCAGGGAACUCGAACAACCCAGGAUCGGAGAACUCGAACAACCCAGGAUCGGAGAACUCGAACAACCCAGGAUCGGAGAACUCGAACAACCCAGGAUCGGAGAACUCGAAUAACCCAGGACCAGAGGACUCGAACAAUCCAGGACCGGGGAAUCCGAACGACGAAGAAGAGGUUAAGGAGGAAAGAGAAGAAGAAGAAGAAGAAAAGAAGGAAGAGUUGAUAACGGAGGAGGAGGAGAAGGAGGAGGAAGAAAGAAGAGAAGAAGAAGAAGAAACGGUAGUGACUGAAAUAGUGGAGGAAAAAGAAGACGUAGAGGUGAAGGAAGAAGAGGAAGAAGAGAAGCCAUCGAUAGUGAUAACAGAAGAGGAAGAGGAGGAAGAGAGGCGAAUUAUGAAGGAGUGGCCUGUGGGCAUUCCGUGGGAGCAUUUAGGGAUAGAGGAAGAAGAGGAGAAGCUAUUCGACGAUCGAUUGCCCAUACCCAAGAACGAGGUGGAGAUGAAGGAUUUCUUGAGGAAGUUCACGCACGAGGCGACCAUCCAUCGAUCCUCCUUUAAGCAUUGGAAGGAAACCGCUGAUCAGGCUGUCAAGGAAAUUGGAAACAGACUGGUUAUGGCUACGUUCCUGGUGCAAGGGAAAGAUCAGACCGGAGAGAUAAAGAAACCAGCCCCUAAAAAAGUACUCAAAAAAGUAAAAUCUGUCCAAAAGAAGAGCAAGAAGAGGAAAUCGCCCGUGAGGAAGGAGGAGGAAGUGGAGGAACCGGAGGAUUCAAAACUGGAAAUGACCUUGAAUAGAAGGGAUUUGAUCCGCAAAAUGAUGGAAGUAGACGCGGAUGAUUUGGUGAAAGACUCUGCACGUGGAAUGGAACCGUUGCCGUACAUCUUCUACCUGAAAGUGGAGCCGGACAUCGACAUAGCUAUUGAGCACGAUGACGAGAAUGUGAUCCUGGCCGACACCGAGCGCGAGAACAUAACCGGCGAUUACCAGAAGCUCUACUUCAAUCUUUCUGACAAACCUUGCAAAGGAGGGAAACCGUGGAUAUUAUAGAAGGAACAUUGGAACACGUGUCGAAUUAAAAUAACAAUAAUAAAAUAAAUUCUUGCAGCAGAACGUGA